AUGACCCCUAAGCAAAUUGAAUUUGUUGGCUCGAACAUCGAAUCAACCUAUCAGGCUGGUUGCUUCUUUGGCUCCCUUGCAGCUUUUGUUCUUGUCGAACGUCUUGGAAGACGCUUCGCUCUGCAAUGGGCUUCGAGUUGGUUUUGUAUAGGAACUGCCCUGAUGCUAGGCUCUCGGAGCUCCAUUGGAUUAUUGUACGCGGGAUCGGCGUUAUCAGGAUUUGGUGUGGGCAGUAUAUCGCUGGCAUCUCCGCUUUAUAUGGCCGAGAUUUCGCCCCCUAAGGUCCGCGGACAGCUAGUUGGGCUUUACGAAAUCCUACUGCAGGCUGGAGAGUGUGUCGGAUUUUGGGUGAACUUCGGAGUAUCUAAAAAUACACCUAUUUCUGCGAAACAGUGGCACAUACCUAUAGCAAUUCAGUUUAUACCUGGAGGAAUAUUAUUUAUCUCGUCGAUGCUUUUGCAAGAGACUCCUUGUUGGCUCUAUAAAGCGGGAAGACGAGAUGACGCAGUCAAGGCCUUGUCUUGGAUCCGAAAUCUUCCUACAGAUCAUAUAUAUGUUCAAGAAGAAUUUGCUUUCAUUGGAGUGCAGCUAGACAGAGAGCUCCAGGUACAAAGAAAAAAGGGGUUCGUUGGACAGCUGAGGGAAAUAUCCAAACCAGGUCUCAGAAAUAGGUUGGCAUUGGGCAUGACAAUCAUGAUGUGUCAGAACCUUACAGGGUCCGGGGCUAUCAGCGAUUUUGCUCCUACAAUAUUUGAAUCAAUAGGGAUGACUCAGGCAAAUAGUGCUCUGUUUGCAACGGGUAUUUAUGGGCUAGUUAAGAUGGUCGCUACAUUUAUUGCCCUCUUCUGGAUCGUAGAUCGUGCUGGUAGACGCAAACCGCUUAUGACCGGGGCGUUCAUAGGAGGGUUGUCGCUGUACUACGUAGCUGCAUAUGUAGCCGUAGCAAAACCGGGGGUGUCCCUCGAGAACGUCGACAAACUGUUUGGCUAUGUUGCCAUAGUCGUACUAGAUGCUGGGUUAGAGGAAGAGGUUUUAGGAAAGCAAUCCUUCCAGAAAAAUGACAUCGAAAAAGCUUUGGAUUGA